GCGGGGGGCCACAAGAUGCAGCGGCUCCGGUUGAACGAGGCUCACGCCGUGUACCUGGGGCAGCUGGCGAGGAAGGACGGGACGCGGAGGGGGACCCUCAGCAAGCGCAGCUCGGACAACAGCCGCUGGCAGAACCGGAGCUUCUCGCUGCUGCACAACCUGCUCUUCUGCUUCGAGAGCGAAUCCAGCGGCCGCCCGUGCGCCCUGUACCUGCUGGAGGGCUGCAGCUGUGAGCGGGGGGCCAAGGGGGGCCCGGACAGACAGUAUUGUUUCAUCAUCAACUUUAAUCACGAGAAUCAGAAGCCCUUGGAGCUGCGCACAGAGGACUCCAAUGACUGUGAUGAGUGGGUCAACGCUAUCUCACGAGCGAGCUACAAGACCCUGGUGACUGAACAUGAAGCGUUGAUGCAAAAAUACUUACAUUUACUGCAAAUUGUGGAAACUGAGAAGAAAGUCGCCAAACAAUUAAGACAACAGAUAGAAGAUGGAGAAGUGGAGGUUGAGCGUCUCAAAUCUGAGAUUGCAUCAUUACUUAAGGACAAUGAGCGGAUUCAGUCCACUCCAAGCUCUGCAGCAAGUGCAGAGGACACCGACAUCAGGAAAAUAAAGAAGGUGCAGAGUUUCUUACGCGGUUGGCUAUGCCGGCGGAAGUGGAAGAGCAUAAUCCAGGAUUACUCAAGAUCUCCGCAUGCAGACAGCAUGCGCAAGAGGAACCAGGUGGUGUUCAGCAUGCUGGAGGCUGAGGCAGAGUAUGUGCAGCAACUGCAUAUCCUGGUCAACAACUUUCUGCGCCCUCUGCGUAUGGCGGCCAGUUCUAAGAAGCCUCCAAUUACCCACGAUGACGUCAGCAGCAUCUUUCUCAACAGUGAAACCAUCAUGUUUCUGCACCAGAUCUUUUAUCAGGGUCUAAAAGCGAGAAUCUCCAGCUGGCCCACCCUGGUUUUGGCGGACCUAUUUGACAUUCUUUUGCCGAUGUUAAACAUUUACCAAGAGUUUGUGCGGAACCAUCAGUACAGUCUCCAGAUCCUGGCUCACUGCAAGCAGAACCGAGACUUUGACAAACUACUGAAACAAUAUGAGGCCAAACCGGACUGUGAGGAGCGGACUCUGGAAACCUUUCUCACAUACCCAAUGUUCCAGAUCCCACGUUACAUCCUCACAUUACAUGAAUUACUGGCUCAUACACCACAUGAGCAUGUGGAGCGCAACAGUCUGGAGUAUGCCAAAUCCAAACUAGAAGAGCUGUCAAGGAUAAUGCAUGAUGAAGUCAGUGAAACAGAGAACAUCCGUAAAAACUUGGCCAUUGAGAGGAUGAUCGUCGAGGGCUGCGAGAUAUUGCUUGAUACGAGUCAGACCUUUGUACGCCAAGGUUGCCUGAUUCAAGUGCCAAUGUCAGAGAAAAGUAGGGUGACAAGAGGGCGACUCGGCUCCUUAUCUCUGAAGAAGGAAGGAGAGCGGCAGUGCUUCUUAUUCUCCAAACAUCUUCUGAUUUGUACCCGAAGCUCUGGAGGGAAGCUGCACCUCACAAAGAAUGGGGUGAUAUCGCUGAUGGAUUGCACCUUACUAGAAGACCAAGAUGAUGAUGACAACAGAACUCCCACACAGGAUGGGGAUCACUUGGACUUUAAGAUCUCAGUGGAACCCAAAGAUUCUGCACCAUUUGUUGUCAUUCUGCUGGCAUCUUCCAGGCAGGAGAAAGCAGCAUGGACCAGUGACAUCAGCCAGUGUGUGGAUAACAUUCGCUGUAAUGGACUGAUGAUGAAUGCCUUUGAGGAGAAUUCCAAGGUCUCUGUUCCCCAGAUGAUCAAAUCAGACAGCAGCCUGUACUGUGACGAUAUCGACAUUCGAUUCAGUAAAACAAUGAACUCCUGCAAGGUUCUUCAGAUACGCUACGCAAGUGUUGAGCGCUUACUGGAACGUCUCACUGACCUGCGCUUUUUAAGCAUUGAUUUCCUCAACACUUUCCUGCACUCCUACCGGGUCUUCACUACCGCAGAUAUUGUUCUUGACAAGCUUAUAGCUAUCUAUAGGAAACCAGUCAGCGCUAUCCCUGCCAGAUCUUUAGAGCUACUUUUUGCAAGUAAUCAGAAUAAUAAACUUCUGUAUGGUGAGCCGCCCAAAUCUCCUAGAGCUACACGCAAGUUCUCAUCCCCACCACCCCUCUCUAUCACCAAGUCAUCAUCCCCAAGCCGUAGGCGCAAAUUGUCGCUUAAUAUUCCUAUAAUUACUGGUGGAAAAGCAUUGGACCUGGCCGCCUUGGGCUGCUCUUCCAAUGGAUAUUCAAGUGCCUGUCCUGCUCCUCCUCAAUACAGCAAGACGAGACUGGACAUCAACAAACUCUAUGUAUCUGGAAGUUUCCCAAGCAAGGUGGGAGAAGGAGAAGAGCCACCCGCAGAGAGAGAUGAGGAUCCAGUUGCACCGCGCCAAAAUAAAGACUCCGAGGCUUGUCGCGCAGAAUCGGACAAUGAACAAACACAGAGCGAUGAGGCAGAGACUGACACAUCACCAACCCGCUCUCCCACCACACCAAUUUCCCAACGUGGCCGCAAUUCUGCAGACUUUACUCUCUUCUCAUAUAAUAAUGGCAUUGUGAUGACUUCCUGCCGGGAACAUGACAGCAAUCGCAGCAAUCUAUCAGCAGCCUCUGCUUUUGCCAUAGCAACAGCUGGAGCAAAUGAGGGUACUCCAACCAAGGAAACCUACAGACGCAUGUCUUUAGCCACAGCAGGAUUUCCUUCAGAUCAGAGGAAUGGUGACAAAGAAUUUGUAAUCAGAAGGGCGGCAACAAACCGUGUACUUAAUGUCCUUAGACACUGGGUUUCCAAGCAUGCCCAGGACUUUGAGACAAACUUGCAAUUGAAGAGCAAAGUCAUUAGCUUCCUGGAGGAGGUUAUCCACAACCCAGAGCUGCUGGCCCAGGAGAGGAAAGCUGCGGCCAAUAUUAUUCGCACAUUGACUCAGGAGGAUCCUGGAGACAGUCAGGUGACACUGGAAGAGAUUGAACACAUGGUGUUAAGUACUCCCGUGGAACUGUUCGAGUCUCUCUCUGCUCUGGAGAUUGCAGAACAACUAACAUUACUAGAUCAUCUGAUCUUCAAGAAGAUCCCAUACGAGGAGUUUUUUGGCCAGGGUUGGAUGAAAGCCGACAAAAUUGAGAGGACACCCUACAUCAUGGGCACAAGUAAACACUUUAACCAUAUGAGUAACCUGAUUGCCACUGAGAUCCUCCGGUGCGAAGAACCAGCCAUGCGGGGAUGUACCAUUGAGAAGUGGGUGGCAGUGGCUGAUAUUUGUCGGUGUCUACACAAUUAUAAUGCUGUCCUGGAGAUUACAUCAUCACUGAAUCGUAGCGCUAUAUUCCGGCUCAAGAGGACAUGGAUCAAAGUGUCUAAACAGACCAAGGCCUUAAUUGACCGACUUCAGAAGUUGGUGUCUUCAGAAGGGCGAUUCAAGAAUCUGAGAGAGGCCUUGAAGAACUGUGACCCUCCAUGUGUGCCAUACCUGGGGAUGUACCUGACUGAUUUGGCAUUUAUAGAGGAAGGUACCCCCAAUUACACAGAGGACGGCCUGGUCAAUUUCUCAAAGAUGAGGAUGAUUUCACAUAUCAUUCGGGAGAUAAGGCAGUUUCAGCAGACGUCCUACAAGAUAGACCAUCAGCCUAAGGUUACACAGUUCCUUUUGGAUACCACAGGAGUUCUGGAUGAAGAGGGUCUUUACGAAGCUUCUCUCCGCCUGGAGCCCAAACUUCCCACUUGAACUUUUGCUGCCUUGCACCUGCCUGUAUCAUAUUGUACAGACCCCCCACGCCUCUCGCCAGAUCCCUUUAUGCAGGGGUCACCAUGCAGGGGCAGAGAUGUCUGUGUCUCCAUCCAUCCCAAACACCCAGCUGCUCCUAAUGGAGGCCCCACAAUGCCCUUACACCUAAUGUCCCCCAAAGACACCCCUAGAAAGAGUGACCAGGGAGGAGACUGAGAACCUCUCACAAGGAGCACUGGCCUGUGCUAGCAAUGACUGAAGAGUUGCUGCUGCCUCCUACUGACUGUAAAUUUAAGAAUAAAGCAACAUGUCGAUGUGCAGCAUCUCACUACCAAACCAGCAGUCACCCCACCUCCACCACCCUGCUUGAAUGGAGGGGUUCAUGGCUCUGUGUGUCUUUCAGAGGGAGGCUUCAAUAGAGAACUAUACAGCAGAAGAGGUUCAUGUAUAAUACUCUAUCAUGGAGAAAGGAAAGGUGAUACUAUCCUACAGGAGGAGACGAGGGCACAUUCAUAAUAGCAAAGUGAGUGCAGCUUUGCAGUAAAGAACCAGCUCCAUGAAAUGACCGGUCUCUCAUGCCUUAGCACGGCACAUGUCCAGCAAAUUGCUACAGUUUUGCAAAUUCUGGACUCUACUCCAGCUUUGUCUUGUUGACUUUGAGCAGUAGUAUGUGUCCAUGGCUGCAACAAAGAAAAUUAUUGCACAAAUUAUCUAGAUAAGAAGUACCCCGGCCUGCAGCUUAAGAGCUGAUAUGUUGGGCUGGUCCUAUGGCUGCUAUAAUGGCUGAGAAUUCCAGUACUUUACUAUCAGAGUGUCAUAGCAAGGUAGGGAGCUACAGCAGAAGGCUUAUGGCAGUGAAUGCUCAUGGAAUUAGCUCAGCAGUGUAAAGGUCUGAUGCUGGUUUAGGAAGAAUGUUCACAGAAUGGUCACUUGAAUCUUCCGGGGAGGUCCAGCAGUGUUGAGAAAAAAAUAAUUUGCAGCUACAUUUUGUUUUCUUUAUUUUUUGUACUAUAAAGUGUUUCCUGAUUACCUCUCGCUAAUAAAUCUUUUAUCUCAGGGUUACCACCAACUGAGUUUGGUUAUUAAGAUUUGUAAAACUGCAUAAAAAUCUGUAGCCAGAAAAUGAACCUGCAUUUGUUACACGGGCCACAGCCUGUCUUCUUGUGCAGUGGCUCCAGCAUAUACAGGGUAUUUUCCCAUGGCGGAAAAUUAGCAGAAUGUCCGCUCGGGAAAACACGGGCAGACAUUCCCAAAUUUUCAUAUCCUGCUGGCGCUAAGGACAUAUGGAGAUGCGCAGUCUCCAUAGAUGGAAAUGCAUUUUGAAUGGAUUUUGCAGAAAGAAUGAACAUGUUCAUUCUUUUGGCAGACAUCCGAAUUUCCACGGCAGAAACAUCUGCCACAGAAAUUCCUCUGUGUGCAUGGUGCAGCAAAAUGACACUGAAAAUAAUGGGACUCUGCUGAAACAGAAUUUCUCGGUCGCUCUUCAUUGGGGGGACACAGAGACCAUGGGUAUAUGCUCUUGCCACUAGGAGGCGCUGACACUAGGAAAAAAAGUCAGCUCCUCCCUGGCAGGAUAUACCCACCUGCUGGAAGGGAGAUUAUCAGUUUUAGCUAGUGUCAGUAGGAGGCAAGACACAUGACCUGGUCUUUUUUUAUUAUUUUCUAAUAAGGGCUGUUUAGUUAGGUUUUUUCCUCCCUUUUGUUUCUCAUUUUCAGGUGGGGGUUCAAGAGCAUGGCGCUACCUGUUCCCCCAUAUGCAACAAAGGGGCACAGACAUAUGUACUGUUAACCCCUUCUCGCCAACGGCCAGCGCCUGGAGGUUGUACCCUGGGUCCGGGUCCCCCACUACCUCUGCUCGCCCGUUAUCUUAGUCUGGUAUGAUGCAGCGUGGCCACAAGCUGGUUGAAGCCAUCUGGGUGAGUAUAUGAAGACCGUGGGUGAGUAUAUCAUUCCGCCCGCCCGCUAGUGGACUCAGAGUUACGGCAGCCAUUUCUGUCUCAGGGCAGCUGCCUACUUUCUACUGCCGCUGAUUUUCUUUACUUCAGCUGGUCGGAUCUCCUCCGGCGCUUGCUGGCCAGCGGGACCCAUAAUGGCCCGUGCUCUGGGCGGGAAUCUGGAGACUAACUGAGGGAGGACUUUCUCCUUCCUCUGUCGGCGCUGUCUUGGGAGUGCCGGACAGGGAAAGCCCAGCGCCUUUCUGCGCCUCUCAUGAACGGAGCUUAGCUCUUCCCCUCCGUCUUAGGGCGCUGCAGUAGUUGUUCACGCUACCAGGGAUGUCAGAGGCUGUCUCCCUCCUCUGCUUCCCUGGUUCUGGGCCAUUUCUCCUCCAGCUCAGCGGACGUCUGUCUAGCUGGGCACCGCUGUCACCCCCCCUGGCCUCGCAGCGGCAAGCGCUCCUACAGCACGCUGCAUCACCGCUCCUGUUUAGUUCGUGGCUUUCUGCGCUCACAGUCACCGCUUGCUGUACACAGCUGCUGGCUUAAUGCAGCUGUGCGACGACUUGCCGGGGCACGCGAUUUGCUGCUUAGGCCCCUAUGUGCCAAUGGUGCUUGUCGCAGCUGUGAACCCUUCAGCUCCAGCAGUGACGAGCAUCGCUUUCCUGGAGGGUGGGCCCUUUUCCCAGGGUGUCUCACAGGACACCCGCCCGCAGUUCCUCGCUUCUCCCGUCCUGAUAGGCAAGGAUCGGCACAAUUUUGUGCCUCUCUCAGAUGGAGUUUAGCCCCUCUCCUUCCCCUGUAGCGCAUCCAGGCUUGGGCUCGGGGAUUAUUGCCAGGAAUUCCCGGGGUGCCCUGCGCACCCGCACAAGGUUCAUUUGGAAAAGAAAAAAAAAAUGUCUUCCUCUGAUCUCUUUGAUUGGAUAACGCCCUCUAGCAGCUAUUAAUGAUAUUGUGUUUUUUUGUGGCUUCCUCUGUGGCAGCUCAUAGCUAUUAGUUUUUUGCAGGUUUUUUACAGAUUGAUAUAUGCUGGGUCCUUUACUGGGAUUGUAUAUGGGGUCUGCCUUUUUGUUCCAGAUAGUGCUAUCGGCACAAUGUUUUUUGCCCUAUGCCUCUGGCAUACCUAAUUCUGCAGAGUUCUUGCUCUGUGAGGGAGCAUAUGCGAACCGCGGUGGCGGGCCGUUAAGUGGUCCCUGGAGAUUCCGCGGCUACAUUCCGUGCCUCGUUUCCCCUUACCAUGCCAUGCCUGUUUCCUGUGCCCACUGCCUGUCCUAGUCCCUCCCUAUCGGGGCACGGCUCUGGUCCGGUGCCCUUACAGGACUUAUGUGCUCCUGGCAGACGCCUAGGGCCUUUUCAGGGUUCUUCCCCAGACGGUCAUCCAUCAGGGGAGGGUUCUUGGCGUGUAUAUACACUAUGAUUCCCUCCUCCACAGGUCACUGAUCUCAUAUCUGCCACAUCCGCAUUUGACAUUCCGGUACCCCUCGGCCAGUGCGGAAUGUCCGACGGAGUGACCUGUUACAUGCACUGGACCCAUACCAGUAAGCCAGACAGUGGUCUGUGUGGUUCCUCCGCCGCCUGUCAUUUCUCACAAGGCUGAUGUCUCUGCGGCUGGAGUUCUGGUACCCCACUACCAGUGCGCCGGGCCCAAAGAAGUGCCUAUUGACCCUAUACAGGGCAACAGGGAUACCAUCCAUGGCUCCUCAGCCUCCCCCGAUCUCCCAGGGUGGCAGGGAUUCCAUCCAUGACUCCUAGGCCUCCCUGUCCUCCCACCUGCAACCAAGGGGGCACAGUGAUUGGCAAUAUGACUAUUGUUCCUUUUUUCGCCAGCACCUGGAGGUUUACCCAUUCAGCCAGACUGUUGUCUUCACAGUUUCCAACGUAGUCGGUCUCCCAUCCCUGGGCUGCUGCGUGCAUGGCUGGGGUUUCCAGUACCUCACUGUUGGUGAGAGAAAUCUGGAAAAGGGUCCCCUGCAGGUACACAGGUCUGAUGUCAGUCAGUCAGACUUUCUUCUGCUUGAGGGUCGCCCAUUAGAUCGCCCGCACUCCAGUACCCCACUUAUCAUGAGGUACCCAUGUCUGUGUCCCUACAUAUGGUCUGGACACCCUGCUCAUGUAGAGCCUUCCUCCCCUCCUUUUUGGUAGAGUGUACCUCAGGCCUUCCUGUGUAAUUUUUUCAACAGGUCUGUGCAGGAUGAGCACCUCUGUUCGGGCAUGGGGCCUGUUGGGGAGACUGCCCAUUCUGCAGCCCCCUCCCCCCAUGCCUCCAGGUAUCUUCCUGGUUUCCUGUACAGGGUGGCUCAGGCACUUGCUCUGUUGCCUUAUUCAUCAGCCAGGAUGGCUCCGUGGCCGCACCAUCUGCCACCCUUUUUUUGCAGGGUCCAAGGUUUCGCCCCGAUGGGGUGUUUCCUCCCAACGCUGUAGGUUGCUACAUGUGCUUCUCACUUGCAUUCAUAGUUAUGUCUUUGUAUCUCCCAGCUCCAGUGUCCAGGAUUCAAAUCCCUCUGGGGACACAAUAUGGCUCCUCUGUGCCUCAGGUGUUUUUGCAGGAUCCCUGGGGGCUUCGUCCACCCAGUAUUCUGAUCUGUUACCGUAGGGCGGCAUUUCCUUGCCCCAACAGUACAUGGCGCUCUUGGGAAAUUCCCUUCUACAGGGGGUACUGGAAUCAGGAAGCUUGGCACAGUCAGUGCUUGAGUUCCGUUUCCACCUCCCCUUGUUUUCCCCUCCUCUAGGGGGACUAUUUCACUGAGCACUUUCUUCUGCCAAGAUGGAGCCAUUUCACACUUCCUCCUACAUGGUGGGGUACCUUGCUGGGCCUUUGUUUUUUUGCUGGGAGCGAUCUGAAGUGCUUUUCACCGGCUCUGCUCGUGUGCUUACUGCUCACUAUUGCAGCCUGGCUCUUCUCUUUUUUCUGGUUGUCUACUGCUGCUCAUGCAGCGAGGGCAUUUUCCUUGUAGGAGGGGUUUAUGCAAUUGUGUAUAGAUCAGCGACAGCCAGUCUGCCCUUGCUCUCUUCCUUCCUUGGCACAAUAUCCCGGAAGGGUGUGCUCAUCCUUCCCUGUGUCAGUGGCGCUACACUGCUACUCUGAUCUUUUGGAGAUACCUUCUUGUGUCCAGAGCCUGGGAAUCCCAGCUGGGUCCCCUUUUGCUUUUCCCUCCAUUUCCGUCCUGAUGAGACGUUGCUGGGAGUGCUCUGGUUCGCUCCAACCGCUGGGUCCAAGACCAAUUAAUCCUUGUUUUGGGCUCUCUCCUAGACUGCUGUGGUGUACCUUAUUUUCUGGGUUGGUCCUCCUAGUCCUUCGUGAUGAUUGCAAUCCCGGGCAAGUGUAGUUCCCCUGCCCAGGCUUCCCCACAAUUCCAUUGUGGGGCGGUUGUUCUGUACCGCUCUUCUUUUUGUCCAGACAUAGCAGUAUGUUUCCCGGAGCGUUUCGCGGUUGUUGGUUUUGCUCCCCCUACAGGUGGGGCACCAUCCUGUGUCUCGAGAGUCUACAGUUCCAUGUCGCCAUUCCGGUUUUCCGGGUUACUCCUUACUUUCCUUUUCCUCCUUCGGGGUCCAUUUACUCCGGGGUUGGACAGCAAGUCUGUCUACCGGGCCAUAUUUUUGCUGCAGCAUGGCUGUGGUUUCUUUCCGCUGUUCAGCCUGUGUGUCGUCCUCUCCGAGUCUGCUGUUCUCCCCAGGUGCUCACGCUGUGCCCCUGGGACAGUGUUUUUUGGCACCUAUAGCUCUUUGGUUCGGAUCUUCUGCACUAUGCCUCUCCGGAGACUGUUCACGUCUCUCUUUUCCAGAAGUUUCUGGUCUUCACCUUGACUGACACGCCUUCGGCUCUCCCUGGUGUUUUCUCGCCAGGUUCUCUGGUUUUCUCGUCAGGUCCUCUGUAUGGGGUUCUCUUGUCGUUCCUAUUUUGUUUCCAACCGGGCUCUGUAUGGUUCUGUGCCUUCUUAUCUCUCUCUGUGGCCAGUUGGUUUAGAGUCUCUUCUAAGGACGGUCCCUUCCUUGGUGUCCUUGGUGGACAGUGGGAACUACCGGAUGCUCAGUUGCAGGCCCCGGUUGCCUUUUAGCCCAGGGUCUCGUCCGUGUGUCUUAAGGCCGGCUGAGGUUCAGUCUCCGGACUGACUCACUUCCUCUGGUGUUGUUCUUCACACCCCAGGGACUGCUUUAGUACAUUCCAUGGUCUCUGUGUCCCUCAAUGAAGAGCGAGCGAGAAAAAGAGAUUUAUUUUUUGUACUUACCGUAAAAUCUCUAUCUAGUAGCCUUCACUGGGGGACACAGCAUCCACCCAUGUCUUCAUUCUUGUUCUUGAGUGUUUCUCUGGAAUUCCUUUCUAGGGUCCUUCGGACUUGUCUCUUGGUUGGCUUCUCCUACUGCUUUGUGACAAAACGGAUUACCUUACUUCCAGUGGGCGGGUAUAUCCUGCCAGGGAGGAGCCAACUUUUUUUUCCUAGUGUCAGCACCUCCUAGUGGCAAGACCAUAUACCCAUGGUCUCUGUGUCCCCCAAUGAAGGCUGCUAGAAAGAUAUUUUAUGGGGAGUACAAAAAAAAUCUCCUUUUGUCCAGUGGAUUCCUUUUGGAAAUUCCACCAAGUAAACAUGGCCUCUGGCUGCUUAGGAAAUCCAAGGGUCAAAUUAUUCCGCAAAACAUAUUCAUAAACCUCUUGUCUAAAUAAAAAAAUAUAUAUAUUUAUGUACCAGAACUUGUGUUAAGAUGUAUAAAAGAUAACUUGGCAAAUAUAAACACUAUGCAGUAUUGGUCCAGACUUCUCCAUCAUCUAUGUUCAGAUAAAGCUGUUUAAAGAG